AAGCUCUCAGUUCUGUGCCGCCUACGACUUCCAACGCAACAUGAUACGGAAGCAGCUUGGACUUCUACUGACGGCUUUCAUGACGCUCUCCGCUGGAGCCUAUCCCAAGCUAGAGAUAUCGCUUUCAGAGGGGGAGCCGUGCCCUAGUCGCCCCGGAUACCCCGAGAGCCGCUGCCUGGGCAUCAAGAACUGUUCCAAUGUGGAGCUGUAUAUUAAAUCCGGCAAUAUGACGCUGUACGAUGUGCUGGGGUGUGGAAUUGGUGUUUAUAUGGAGCUCGUCUGCUGCCCCAACAAACUACCCAACCUCCAGACAGCGUCCUCGACUACGGAUUCAAGCCCCGCUGGUGUUGGUCCAAUGGUCCCAGAGUCAGAGCCAAAGCACAAACGGAAGCCGGAACGCGAGCCCUAUCGCCAUGUGGUCUCCCUACAGUACUUGAACGCAUUGACUUUUGACUCGUACGUCAUGCGCUGUACGGGCGUCCUUCUCAAGGAGAACUUUGCUCUCACCUCAGCCGCAUGCGCUGGCUCCUUUAUAGCUGACCCGAACCAUGUACGACUGGGCUUAUCAGAGCCCUUCAAGGACGUUCUGGAGAUCGAUAACAUAACGUACCACAACAACGACCUCGUGCUGCUCCACAUGAGCCAUGGCUAUAGCAAGGAGUUCAUUGCCGAGGUCUGCAAGCAGGUGGACGUGGAAAACCGACUCAAAUUAAUCGCCGUGGGUUUCUCCCAGAAGAACGAAGAGAACUGCUCGUGGUUCGAGAGGGAGGUGACUAACGUCACGUUCGACUCCUGCGAUCGUGUGAGCAUCAACCGUCCGGUCAGAGGCAUCGACAAUAUCAACCACUUCUGCGUGAACCCCAAAACGGCCAGCCCUCGAUCUCCGCCUGGAUCCUGCGUGGAAUGCUUGCGCGGUAGUGCCAGCAUCCUAUACGUGAUCCGCCCCGACGGCAGCGAUUGCGUGGCCGGCAUUGCCACACCCACCAGCAAGUCCUGCAUUAUCACUACGCAUCCGCUCUACUACACCAGCCUUCUCAGUCCGAUCAACAGCAGAUUCCUUAACGACGAGCUGUCCGGCAGUGGCAGCAGGACCUAGACAGAAUCAACUAGAGAUUGGUGGAAUACACUAUGUUUUAAGACUCAA